AUGCUGAAAGAAAUGGUGCUUGACUACAACUCCUUGUCCGGACAACUGAACCCUGCCAUUGCUCAGCUACAGCAUCUUACCAAGCUAUCUAUAUCCAUGAAUUCCAUCUCUGGAAGCCUUCCACCAGAGCUGGGCAGCCUGGAGAACCUGGAAUUGAUGGACAUUAAGAUGAACGCAUUCAAUGGAUCUAUACCAGCAACUUUUGGAAACCUGUCCCGUCUCUUGUACUUUGAUGCUAGCCAGAACAACCUAACUGGAUCAAUAUUCCCUGGAAUAAGCUCGUUGACAAACCUACUGACACUUGAUCUGUCAUCAAACAGUUUCAUGGGGACAAUUCCUAGGGAGAUUGGUCAACUGGAAAGUCUGGAAUUACUGAUUCUAGGAAAAAAUGAUUUCGCUGGAAGCAUUCCAGAAGAGAUUGGUAGUCUGAAGCAGCUUAAGUUACUUCAUCUUGAGGAAUGCCAAUUCACAGGCACCAUACCUUGGGCAAUCAGUGGACUCAGAAGCUUGACAGAACUUGACAUAUCAGACAACAACUUUGAUGCUGAGCUCCCACCAUCCAUGGGUGAUCUGGGCAAUCUAACACAGUUGAUUGCAAAGAACUCUGGAAUCAGUGGUAAUAUACCAAAAGAACUUGCGAAUUGCAAGAAGCUUACUGUCAUAAAUCUGUCAUUCAAUGCUCUCACUGGACCUAUCCCUGAAGAAUUUGCAGAUCUAGAGGCUAUUGUCUCAUUUUUUGUGGAAGGGAAUAAACUAUUGGGCCAUGUCCCAGAUUGGAUUUGGAAAUGGCAAAAUGCAAGGUCCAUUAGGUUGGGACAGAACAAAUUUAGUGGACCUUUGCCAAUGCUGCUGUUGCAUCAUCUGGUUAGUUUCUCUGCAGAAUCCAACCUUCUCUCAGGUUCUAUACCUUCAGACAUAUGUAAAGCCAACUCCUUGCAUUCACUCUUAUUGCAUCAUAACAGUCUAACUGGGACUAUUGAUGAGACAUUUAAAGGCUGCACGAACCUCACUGAAUUGAACCUGUUAGACAACCAUAUUCAUGGGGAGGUACCAGAAUAUUUGGCAGAAUUACCCUUGGUUACUCUGGAGUUGUCACAAAACAAGUUUGCAGGGAUGUUACCUGCAAAGCUGUGGGAGUCAAAAACCCUUCUGGAGAUAUCUCUCAGUAACAAUGAAAUUACUGGCCCAAUACCUGAGAGUAUUGGUAAGCUCUCUGUAUUGCAACGGUUGCACAUAGACAACAAUUUACUGGAAGGGCCUAUCCCUCAGUCUGUUGGUGAUCUAAGGAAUCUGACUAAUCUGUCUCUACGUGGCAAUAGGUUAUCUGGGAACAUUCCACUAGCACUUUUCAACUGCAGAAAACUUGCCACGCUGGACUUGAGCUAUAAUAAUCUGACUGGGCACAUUCCAAGUGCCAUAUCUCACUUGACAUUGCUCGAUAGCUUGAUUUUGUCUUCCAACCAGCUGUCCGGUUCUAUUCCCACUGAGAUUUGCGUGGGAUUUGAGAAUGAGGCUCACCCUGACUCAGAGUUUCUUCAGCACCACGGCCUUCUUGAUCUAUCAUACAACCGAUUGACUGGUCAGAUUCCAACAUCUAUAAAGACUUGUGUCAUGGUGAUGGUGCUAAACCUCCAAGGCAACUUGCUGAAUGGUACCAUUCCAGCAGAUCUUGGCAAGCUGACAAAUCUUACAUCCAUUAACCUAUCAUUUAACGAUUUGGUUGGACCAAUGCUUCCAUGGUCUGAACCUUUGGCACAAUUGCAGGGCCUUAUUCUAUCCAAUAACCACCUAGAUGGCUCCAUUCCUGUUGAGAUAGGCCAAAUCCUUCCCAAAAUUGCAGUGCUAGACUUGUCAAGUAAUGUACUCACUGGCACCCUACCACAGUCUUUGCUCUGCAACAAUUACCUAAACCAUCUGGAUGUCAGCAACAACCACCUCUCUGGGAAUAUUCAAUUCUCUUGCCCUGAGGGCAAAGAAUCCUCUAGUACACUGCUGUUCUUCAAUUCAAGCAGUAACUAUUUAUCAGGGAGCCUAGAUGAGUCUGUCUCGAACUUGACACAAUUGUCCACUCUUGAUCUCCACAACAAUAGCCUAACUGGAAGGCUACCUUCAGCACUUUCUGCUCUCAGUUCUUUGAAUUAUCUUGAUCUGUCAAGCAACAAUCUAUAUGGUGCCAUACCCUGUGGAAUCUGCAAUAUAUUUGGCCUUGCAUUUGCCAACUUCUCAGGUAACCAAAUUGACAUGUACAGCUUGGGGGAUUGUGCUGCAGGAGGCAUUUGUUCCACUAACGGUACUGAUCAUAAAGCACUGCAUCCAUAUCAUCGGAUUCGAAGAGCAGCUACCAUUUGCGCAUUUACAUUCGUGAUCAUCAUUGUGUUAGUGCUACUGGCUGUUUACCUCAGACAGAAGGUGGUCAGAAGCAGGUCUUUGGCUUUUGAACCUGCCAGUAAGGCCAAGGCUACAGUUGAGCCUACCUCAAGUGAUGAACUCCUAGGAAGGAAGUCACGGGAACCUCUGAGUAUCAAUCUUGCAACAUUUGAGCAUGCACUUCUGAGGGUCACCGCAGAUGAUAUUCUGAAAGCCACAGAAAACUUCAGUAAGGUACAUAUUAUAGGUGAUGGUGGAUUUGGCACUGUCUACAAGGCAGCCCUCCCUGAAGGCCGGAAAGUUGCGAUCAAAAGGCUCCAUGGUGGCCAUCAGUACCAAGGUGACCGUGAGUUUCUGGCUGAGAUGGAGACCAUUGGAAAGGUGAAGCAUCCAAACCUUGUUCCUCUACUUGGCUACUGUGUUUGUGGUGAUGAACGAUUCCUGAUCUAUGAGUACAUGGAGAAUGGGAGCCUUGAGAUGUGGCUGAGAAACCGAGCAGAUGCACUCGAAGCUCUUGGAUGGCCAGACCGUCUCAAGAUCUGCCUCGGUUCUGCCCGUGGGCUUGCCUUCCUGCAUCAUGGCUUUGUGCCCCAUAUCAUCCACCGGGACAUGAAAUCCAGCAACAUCCUACUGAAUGAGAACUUCGAGCCGAGGGUCUCUGACUUUGGCCUUGCAAGGAUCAUCAGUGCCUGUGAGACUCAUGUCAGCACUGACAUUGCCGGCACAUUUGGAUACAUUCCACCAGAGUACGGACUGACAAUGAAAUCCACCACAAAGGGCGAUGUCUACAGCUUCGGCGUCGUCAUGCUUGAGCUCCUCACCGGCCGGCCACCUACAGGCCAGGAGGAGGUGCAAGGCGGUGGAAACCUCGUUGGCUGGGUGCGGUGGAUGAUCGCUCGUGGCAAGCAGAGCGAGCUGUUUGACCCAUGCUUGCCGGUUUCAAGCGUGUGGCGGGAGCAGAUGCUGCGUGUGCUCGCCAUCGCCCGGGACUGCACUGCCGACGAACCAUUCAAGAGGCCGACCAUGCUGGAGGUGGUGAAGGGCCUCAAGAUGACCCAGAGCAUGGAAUGUGGACCUCUGGUGGUGACCAUCUCCAGGGACAUGUAAUGCUCUCUGCUUGAUCUUCCUGAAACUAAUGUAGUAGUAAUAAUGUAGGCACUAGGCUAAUGGUAGUUAACCUGUAGCUAGAGAGUAACUGAGCUUUCUAGAGGUUGUAAGGCUGUAGUGAGGUUAAACUGGAGUGCUGAUAUUCAGGCUGUAGGCUUGUAGCUGAAACUAGUGUUUUAAGACCUUUUUACCAUGUACCACUGUCUCUGGUGGUUCUUGUGGCAAUUUGAGUUCUUAGCAUGCUUUCAUGGAAAUAAAAGUAUCAUUUGUCCUAUUUUUAUGUGCUCCAUACAAAUGCCAUCACUAGCCUCAUAGUAUUUGUAUGUACAUAUUUACCAAAUUCUUCUGUAGUAUACAUUCACAUG